AUGCCCCGGGCACGCCGGCACAUAUGCCAGUUUUGCGGCAAGGACUUCCCCACCCCACAAGGGGUACUCUCCCAUAUCAGCCAGUCCACUGCGUGUCGAUCCGCGCGAAGUCAGAAAGUCAAUCGACGCGUACAAGAGCUUCUCCGUGGCGUACCUCAAGAACCCCCACCCUCAGAUACGACUGCCGCAUUCCCAUCCGAUCUCGGAUCUCCUUCAGCAACCCUAUCGGAUGACAGGCAGCAUGGUGUCGGCGAAGCGGCCGACCAACCCUCUCCGACGCAACCCCAUCCCGGCUGCCGGGUGACUGUGGAAGAGGUCGAGGAUGAAGAAGCUGGCGGACUCCCUAAACGUUUAUGGCGUGGGGAAUAUCCGGCUUCAGGUCGCGCUGGUGAACGACUUCGAAGAGCACGUACCACAUUCGAGGAGCUUCUUGCUCAGAAGCACAACAGCAAGACGCCAAUCGUCUCGCCGUUCGCAUCUGAAGAAGAGUGGGACUUGGUGAAGUGGCUCUUCACGAGCGGACUGAGCCAGCAAGCCAUCGAAGAGUAUCUAUCAUUGCCAUUAGUUCGUCGCACAGCGGAUCUGUCGUUUCGGAACAAGUACGAGCUGUUGAAGAAGCUAGAUCAACUUCCCGGGGGCACAGCGGAGUGGAUCUGUAACGAGUGGGAGCUGGUGGGCGAUGAGAAGGACGAUAACGGGAAGAUGAAGACGGAAAAUGUGGAGUUAUGGCGUCGCAACCCAGUGGAGAUCGUCCGCGAACUCUUGGGUAACCCUGUGUUCGACGGAGUUGUGAGGUUUGCUCCCGAGAGGCUUGUCGCGUCCAAGGAUGGUUCGGAGAUUGUCAUCGAGGAGAUGUGGACGGCUGACUGGUGGUGGGAAACACAGGGGAACCUCCCGGCUGGAGCCACCAUCGCUCCGGUCAUUCUCUCAUCGGACAAGACCCAGCUCUCGCGCUUUUCAGGCGACAAGCAAGCGUGGCCUCCCUCCAUGCGCGCAAUGAUCCUGGAACCAUUGAAGGCUGCAGCACAGGACGGCGUUGAGAUGGUCUGCGCAGACGGGUUCAUCCGGCGAGUCCAUCCCAUCAUCGCUGCAUACAUCGCCGAUCACCCGGAGCAGUGUCUUGUGUCUUGCUGCAAGGAGAACUGUUGCCCCAAGUGCACCGUCCACUCGAACUCGCGCGGCGAUCCCGUCCACUGCAUGAUGAAGGAUCCGGAAUCAGUAUGUGAAGUCAUCGACGAGCAAGACCAAGGCCUCAAACCUUCGGAGUUCGAAGACCUAGGCCUGAAACUCAUUGAUCCCUUCUGGCGGGAUCAUCCACACUGCGACAUCUUCUCCUGCUUCACGCCCGACCUACUGCAUCAGUUACACAAGGGAGUGUUCAAGGACCAUACCGUCUCAUGGGUGACAGAUGCUCUUGCUGGUGGAGCGGACGAGCUUGACAGGCGAUUCAAGGCAAUGCCGUCUCACCCCAGUCUCCGGCACUUCAAGAAGGGGAUAUCGUUGGUGUCGCAGUGGACGGGAACGGAGUACAAGAACAUGGAGCGUGUCUUCCUUGGCGCUCUAACAGGCGCGGCUGAACAACCGGAAGUCGUGCGCGCCGUGCGCGCGGUUCUCGACUUCAUCUACUACGCUCACUUCGAGGCUCACACUAGUCGCUCCCUCGCCCGCCUCGAGUCCGUGUGGCGUUCUUUCCAUGCCCACAAACACGUCUUCGCCUCCCUUGGCAUCCGCGACCAUUUCAACAUUCCUAAAAUCCACGCCGCCAUCCACUACCCCGUCUCCAUCCGUCAACUCGGUUCGGCUGACGGCUUCAACACGGAAGCAUCGGAGCGCCUCCAUAUCGACUGCACCAAAGAUGCCUACAAUGCGUCGAACAAGCGGGCGUACAUCAAGCAGAUGACAACGUGGUUGAACCGCCAGGAGACCAUCUCGCGCUUUCAGCACUUCCUCGACUGGGCCAAGCAAGCAGAUCUCACCCGCAAGGAUUCGGACAUGGUCACACCAGGGGCGGCAGGGAGCAUCGAGGACACGGACGGCGACAUUGAGAUGACAGACUCCGUGGGUGAUUCAAACGGUGCGCUUCCCCCCUACCUUGUUGCGAAAAAACCUCCCCUUCCCGCUGUCCCCAUCCGCGAACUGGUCCAACGCUUUGGUUGCACCAACUUUGUGCACAACCUGGAAGACCACCUCAAGACCGUAUUUCUCUCUCGCCCCCGCCGACCCACAGUUCUCAUCUCUGGGAGUCAGACAUUCCCGGUGUAUCACCGAAUGUCUCUGUACCUCCCCGCAAUGCGCCAAGUCUCCCCGGUUCCCAUCAAGGACGUCGUUCGAGCCACACCAUUCAAGCCCGCUCGACCUCUCCAUCCUGCGAUUCCCGCUCACUUUGACACUGUUCUCGCCUGGGAGCCAGGUGUGGAACCGGUGGAAGGGCCCAUAGUUUCGAUUGAGGGGUUGCGUGUCGCUCGUGUGCGAGCGAUCUUCCGCAUGCCCGCAGGUUUUGGCACACACUUCAAGCACCCACUCGCCUACGUCGAGUGGUUCACUCCAUUCCGUGCUGAGCCUGACCCCGUCAAUGGUAUGUUCCGCGUAUCUGUCUCUACAAAUAAUUAUCGCCGCCGCUCUUCUAUCAUUCCUGUUACCUCCAUUGUUCGAAGCUGUCAUCUUAUACCUGUGUGGGGACGGGAGGUUGAUCGGACAUGGACAACAGAUAACGUACUAGAUAAAUGUGAGAGGUUCUUCUUGAAUCCUUACCUUCGUCAUCACGACUUUGUACUACUCCGUUAUCUACGUGAUGAUACAUGA